AUGGCGCUCUUAGACGCCGCCUCCUACGACCUUGGAGUAUCACUGAAGAUGGAAGAAGUGCCGAUUAAACUGCGCUGCGCAACGUGUAACAAACUUGCCGUCAACGCGUUUAAGCUGCCCUGCUGCGAUCAGACCGUCUGCGAGCGUUGUUCAAAAAUUAUCCCAGAGACGUGUCCUAUCUGUACACAUGCUCCGGUUGAGAAGAACGACUGCAAGCCGAACAAGAGUCUGCGCUUGACGAUCAAGGCCUUCAUCAAGAACCUCGAGCAGAAGCAGCCCAAGGAGUCCGCGCCGUCGGAGACCCCGCAGCCGGGUGGUCAUGGCACCCUGGCCGAGGAGACCCAGGAUGAGCCGCAGGUUGAGACAACUGUCGCGAAUGACACCAACGGUGAAGACACUGCACAACCCGCGGAGCGCACCACCGCUACUCCGACCGCACGUCACGAAGAUGGCGAUGAGGAAGCUGACGACGAUGACGACAUCGUGAUCACCACCGAGCGCCCAGAGGACGACCGAGAGCAGCACGAGUACGAGGAAGAGCAGCAGCAAGCUGGCGGUGAAGAGCACGGAGAAGCUGGUUACAGCGAGGGAUACGACCAGUCACACAUGCAUGGAGAACAGCAGAACUUCAACAGCGUGCAAAGCGACAACCAGAACAUGCAAGGGUUCAACAAUAUGGAUUUCAACAACAUGAGCGGCUUCAACCCGAUGAUGGGAGGUAUGCAGAACGGAAUGGGGUCCAUGCCGAACUUCGGUAUGAUGCCAAACAUGAUGGGUAAGUCAGCCCCUUUAGCACCCCGAGAGUUCUACAAGGGGAAGCCCAGGCUGAGGCGUCCUCCACCUCGCAAAGGCAUGAUGGAUCCGUCGAUGAUGUUCGGUGGUGGGUUUGGGGACAUGAGCAUGAUGAACAUGGGCAUGGGUGGCAACUUUGGCGGCAUGGCAGGCGGCUUUGGCGGAGGCGGCAUGGGCAUGGGCGGUGGAAAUGGUCCACCCGGUUUCUUCCCUGGCAAUGGUGGAUAUAACCAGCAGUCAAACUUCCACGGCAAUCACAUGCACCAGAAUUUCCAUAAUAACCGUGGUUAUGGUGGGAACCGCCCCUAUGGUCGCGGUCGCGGCUUUGAUAGAGGUCGAGGCUGGAACGAUGGCUUUGCUGGUCGUGGUCGCGGCCGUGGCGGCUGGCAGAAUCAGCCCUUCGGUCAGCACCAAGGCCCAGGGUACAUGAACCAGAAUCAGCAGUAUCAUCAGCAGCAGCACCCACCACCGCGUCCGCAGCAACGGAGCCAAGUCCAGGACGCCCAGCACGACAAAAUGCCAACAGCUCCAAGCAACGACCGUAGGCGCUCGCCCUCAUACGAGCCAAUGUUCGGUGCCACGGAGAAGAUCACAAGGGACGACACCAACGACCACACCGGAGCUGAGAACGGCGACGAGACUAAUCCCACAGGGCCCACGACCCAGGACAACCCGGCGGAAGGGAUGACCUGGGAGAGAAGGCGGAAGAUGCGAACUGAAGGGGCAUGGCAGCGGCUGGGCGGGGAUAUAGGUUUUGGUGAAUGCUUCGGCGCUGAGGAUCUGCUGGAUGAUUCAGAAGACGACGAGACGAACGAUCGCGAUGCGGGUGUUGUCGGUGCUACGGAUGGUGGUGAGGGGGAUGUUGGAGGUCAAGAGGGUGAAUUUGCGGCUGGAGAUGAUGGUAUGCGUGGUGAAGAGCUUGGAGGUGAAGAUGGUGGGGCGAUGCAAGCGGAAGGAGGGUAUGAAGACCAGGAGUAUCAGCAAGAUAUGGGCUACGAACCCCGCAGUGGUCGAGGCAACGGUGCGUACGGAUACGUCGCCACGGCCGUCGCAGGAGAAGCAGCAGCGCCUGCAGAGGUUGCUCCGCCAAUCAAUGCGCCUACUGGACCGAAAGCGAUGCGUGCGGGCUUGCCGAACAGUGGGUACUAUUCACAUCGGCCACAGCAGCAGCCGAAGCCAGUGACUACCGCGCCUCUGUCGACGACUAGCAGCGGCAUCAAGACUUCGACGCCACGGGCGGAUCUGGAUCGUGAGAGGUCGAGGUCGUACUCAAGGUCCCGUCACGAGAGUCGUAGGGAGAGCACUCGGGCGCGGGAUGAUGACUAUUAUGACGAUGAUGAGGACUAUCGGCGCGAGAAGGACCGUGAGAGGAGGAAGCGCAAGGAGCGCGAGCGCGAGAGGAAGUACGAAGAUGACGGCGAUCGCCGUGGGUCAAGCCGCAAGGACAGAGGCAGAUCUGAGUCUCCGGUCGACGACUACUCUUCCCGCCGUCACCGCGACAAGCAUGAGCGUCGCUCUUCACACUCCUACCGUGACAGGAGCAGCGAUCGUCACCGCCGCCGCCAUCGAUCCCGCUCUCGUGAUGAAGACAUGAGUGGCAGCAUGAACGGCCGCAGCGACGACAAGGACUACGAAUCGCGCCACAAGAGCAAGAGCGACCGCCGUCACCGCAACGAAUCCGACUUCGGUUACGACGGCACGCGCGACAAGGACAAGAGCAGCCGCCGCUCAUCCAAGUACGACUACGAUGAGUCCAAGGAGCGGUCUUCCAAGCACAGCCGAUCGUCCAAGGACAAAGAAUCGCACCGCUCCGACCGCAAGGGAUCCAAGCCCCUCCCCUCCGAAGACGACGACAUCGGCUUCCGCAUCAAAGGCACCAGGUCCGCCGCCAUCCGCGCUCCCGUCCUCGACACCGCCAUGCCACCGCCUUCCAGCCGCGAACGCAAGCACGACCGUCGUUCCAGCGGCGCUACUCACAAGCCAACCCCGCAGACGCCGAGUACGCCGACCAAUGACCCGUACGCCGAGGAGCGCGAGCGCAGGCAGCGUGAGCGCGUGGACCGCGAGAGUUUGCUUAGGAGGGGUUCGGAGCAGAGUCUGGGGAAGCGGAUGUCGAGGGAGGAGAAGGAGGAAGGGGGCAGGAAGAAGCCGAAGAGGAAGAUUGUUGCGAAGUAUGAGGAUGAGAUUGGGUAUGCGCGCUGA